AUGGCCAAUAGUCACAUAAACAAGAUUAUCUUAAUAUCGGCAUUAGUUAUUUUACUAAUUGGCAUGGUAAAUUCGGAAAAAUCAAUAAAGUCCGAAAAUUCCGAGAAAUCGAAACUUGCCUACAAAUGUCCUAAAUUCAAACCACGUGAUGAUGCCAAUUCCACACGUUAUAUUAUAAUUUUUAAAAAUGAUCAUUCAACUCAAAGUGAGGGAAGUGAUGAUACAGUUAUACAAGACCAUUUUGAUGGGCUGAAAAGUUGUUUCGGAAAACACGUGGAAAAGGUCAAAGGUCCUAAUUCACACGAUCAAAAUGUUGUUACUGAUUUUACGAUUCCAGGGUCCAUAGCCGGGUACACAGGAAUGUUUACUUCGGAUGAGGCAAAUGAAUUGUCUCAAUUGUCAGAAGUUGCAAUUGUUGAAGAGGACGUGAAGAUCCAAACUGCUGGAGUGAUUCGAAAGAAAAGAGAUUUAUUACCAACGUUAUCAACAUACCUUGUCCAACUAAAUCCGCCACCGAAUUUGAACCGAAUCAGUCAAGCUUCGCUUCCCCUGAAUGGAAGGUAUAGGUACCCAAGAUCUGCAGGGAAUGGUGUAAAUGUAUAUGUCAUUGACACGUCGGUAUUUUUGGGCGGGCCACACCCUGGCAUAAAUAUCAAUAACACUGAUUUCGGCGGUCGUGCUCACUGGUCCGCCACUUUUUGUAAAGGAUGCCCAAAUUUCGAUGAUCAUGGUCAUGGUACUAAUAUUGCGGGUAUUAUUGGAGGGAGUCGUUACGGAGUUGCCAAGAAAGUAAAUCUAUUUGCCAUUAAAGCCCUUAACUCUCAAGGCGGCGGAGACAUGUCAACAUUUAUUAACUCAUUAACCUACGUUCUUGGGUUACAUCAAAAAAGCACCAAUAAAAAUACCAUUGUCAACCUUUCAAUAGGGACCGCUAGCUCACCGGCUCUAAAGGCCACUGUAGAAUCUUUGAUCAAUUCCGGAAUUCAUGUAGUGGCUGCGGCAGGAAAUGGUUAUGGGGCCGAUGCGUGCUCCUAUACACCUUCAAAUGUUGCUAAUGCCGUCGUAGUCGGGUCCACAGAGAUCAACGAUAUCGUCAGUGAUUUUUCUAACCGUGGAUCAUGCAUUACUUUAUUUGCUCCAGGGCGAAAUGUCGUUUCCGAUGGACCAAAUGGUAAAACCAGUACACUCACUGAAUCCGGAACUAGCCAAUCGACACCUCAUGCAGCUGGUGCUAUUGCACUAGUCAUCUCCAAAUCUGGCAACAAGACUCCAAAGGCAAUGAAAGAUUAUCUCAUCCAAUUGUCCACCAAGAAUGUAAUAAAGGGUCUUGAUUCAAAAUCCCCGAAUAGACUUUUGCGUAUACCUUAG